AUGGGCGGAGAAAGACCAGAUGAUCUAUCUUCACAUCCUCAACCUCAAGCGGCGCCUCCGCAAAGUGAAGGAGACCUGGAUCCGUGGGUUGCGGGUUUAGAAUUUAGGGUUACGGGGCUGAGAGUCUGGAAUGUAGGGUUGGGGUUCAGGGUGUCCGAACGUGUUUUGUUUGCUUUGGGGUCUGUUUCUGGCUUCAGCAAAGGGAGCGAGCUACUACUCGGCCAUAUAAGUCUUUGUCUGCAUCACCCCUAA